GGUUAAUUUAGCACAAACAUAAGCCUCUCUCUCCUCUCUCCUUGGACUGCAUUAGUUUAGCACAAAGACUAACCCUCUCUCUCUCUCUCUCUCCUCUCUUCUUGGACGCAUGCGCAUACACAUGCACAUUCCAUUCAACACACCCCAAAAAAAAAAAAAAUAUGUGGUCACCACCAUUCUUGUUCAUCAUUAAGAACACAUGAUUAAUACAAAGCACUAGCACUCAAUAAAGCCAGUGAGUGAAAAAGAAAAACAAGAAAACCCAAGAAAUGGGCAGUUUGUGGAUUGUGUUAGUGAUAUUAUUAAUCUUCUUGUCUUCCAUAAUUGUCUACAGGAGGAGCACUAGAAGAUUUAGAUCCUCAAGAUCAAGUUACGGAAGAUCACUUCCUUCAGGCUCUCUUGGAUGGCCUUUUCUUGGUGAAACAAUCGACUUCAUCUCCUGUGCUUACUCAGACCACCCUGAGAGAUUCAUGGACACCCGUCGCGGCAUGUAUGGGAAGGUGUUCAAGUCACAUUUAUUUGGUAGUCCCACAAUUGUUUCCACAGAUGCAGAAGUGAGUAGGUUUGUUUUGCAAAGUGAUGGAAGUGUUUUUGUGCCAUCAUACCCUAAAUCUCUCACUGAAUUGAUGGGAAAGUCCUCUAUAUUGCUCAUCAAUGGAAGCUUGCAAAGGAGAAUCCACGGACUCAUUGGAUCAUUCUUCAAAUCUUCUUAUCUAAAAGCUCAAAUCACAGGAGAAAUGCAAAAAUAUGUCCACGAAUCAAUGGGAGGAUGGAGAGAGGAUCGGCCCAUUUACAUCCAAGACGAAGCAAAAAAUAUUGCAUUUCAAGUGCUAGUGAAGGCAUUGAUAAGUAUAGAUCCUGGUGAAGAAAUAGAGUUUCUAAGGAAACUAUUUCAAGAAUUCAUUGCCGGUCUCAUGUCUCUGCCUAUUAAUUUUCCUGGAAGUAGACUCCACAAAUCAUUACAGGCAAAGAAGAAAAUGGUUGAGUUAGUAAAUAAAAUUAUCAAAGAGAAAAGGAUCAGCGGAAUCCCAAAAGUUUUGAAAGAUGUUGCAGAUGUUUUGAUUGGCAAUGGAAGUGAAAAACUAACAGAGGAUUUAAUAUCAGAUAAUAUGAUAGAUUUGAUGAUUCCUGGUGAGGAUUCGGUGCCGGUUCUCAUUACUCUUGCUGUAAAAUACCUCUCAGAUUGCCCUGCUGCUCUCCUACAGUUAACAGCGGAGAACUUGAAAUUAAAGAGACUCAAAGAUCAACUUGGAGAGCCGUUAUGUUGGAGUGAUUACUUAUCUCUCUCAUUCACACAAAAUGUGAUUACGGAAACUCUAAGGAUGGGGAACGUAAUUGUAGGGGUGAUGAGAAAGGCAAUGAAAGAUGUUGAAAUAAAAGGGUAUUUAAUUCCAAAGGGAUGGUGUGUUUUCACAUAUUUUAGAUCAGUCCAUCUUGAUGAAAAUCUCUAUGACUGGCCUUACCAGUUCAACCCAUGGAGGUGGCAAGAUAAAGAAAUGAACAAUUCUAGCUUCACACCAUUUGGAGGGGGACAAAGGCUAUGUCCUGGGCUUGACUUGGCCAGGCUUGAAGCUUCCAUCUUUCUCCACCAUUUUGUUACUCAAUUCAGAUGGGUUGCUGAGGCUGAUUCAAUUGUCAACUUCCCAACAGUAAGAAUGAAGAAGAGAAUGCCAGUUUGGGUCAAAAGGAGAAGAGAAGUUUGAGGAGCAUUUCCCAUAAGCUACUUUCUUUUAAGGGCACUCCUUAAAAAUAAUGACACUAUUAUAAGACAAAAAACCCAACCCCACAAAUGACAGGUUAAAAAGGUUGGCUCUGCACUCCACACGUGUGGGAGGGUCCAUAUGAAGCUGACUCAUUUUGUCCCAUUUCUUAGGCAUUACACAUAGAUAGGUAUAUAUUUAUGGAACAAUUGUAUUUAAGUCGAAAUAAUUUAAAAUAAUUAUAUUUUUUUGGAUGUGCAAGUCAAAAUAAGUGAGAUUUGUGUCUCAUAUCUAAGCUUUCACUUGUAUUGGACACAGGCUCACUUCUACUUUCAUAAAAAUAUAAUUAUUUUGAAUUAUUACCAUCUAAA